UGAUCGAUGCAGCACAGUCCUGCCUUUGUACCUGUGAGCCAAGGAGGAUUGUCAGCGAAAGGGCAAGAAAGGGCUUGACUUAGAAGGAACGACUGUCAGAGAUGAUUCGAGAGAAAGGAAAGAACAUUUUAAGGAUAGGAAGCCCCAGUAUAACUUUAUCCAAACAGUGAGUCAACCCAGCCGGCCGGACGGUCAGUCAGGCAUGCAGCUGUGGUGGUAUUCAGCUCCAGCCCAGUCCAUCCAACCAGCCGUUCAGCCCAGCCUCUUCCCUCUGUCUGAGUCCCAGCCCCUGUCAGCUAUUCAACCACUCAGCAGCUCCUCUCCCACCUUGGCUGCCCCCCCCCCGCAGACCUCCUUUCCUGCCUCAGGAUGCGAUGUAGUGACGUGCCUGCUAGCGCAGUGAGACUGUCCUUGCUCUGAUGUUUUUGUGUGCUGAGGAGAUUACAAGGAAACAGCUUGCCAGGAGUAGGCAGCUGCUGUUUCCUACAGCUUGCAGCAGUUUUGGGGGACUACAGCAGGAUGCCGUGGGGGAGAAGUGGCUCGGCGGUCCUGCUGCUUCUCUCGGGCAGGACCAUUGCACGGGCCAAGGCCAGAAAUCCCAGCCCCACCGAGAUGAGCGUGGAGCCCUGGGCGAGCCCGCAGGACCAGGCAGCCGCUGAGCAAACAGACAGCACACAGGAGCCAUCCGCCCAGGAGCAGGAACAGGAGCAGCACCCCGACAAACUCUGCCUGGACUCGUUCUGGAGUGAGGUGGAGACCAUCAGACAGGGGAGUGGCUACACAGACCUCGACUGCACCAGGAGAGACUCAAGACAGUCAGAAGAGGGUGAGCAGGAGGAGCAGUGGUUGGCCGACGCUGGUUUGUCGAACCUCAUCAGCGAGGACAGCGAGGAUGUAGACAACGCGGUGCUGCUGUCCACUCUGACCCGGACUCAGGCAGAGGCCGUCCAGCGUCGACUGGAUUCCUACACAUUGUCCCUGCGCAAGAGGAACAAACCGGGACCGCGCGACGUCCGUGAAGUCUUCAAACCCCCCAUCACUCAGCAGACCCUACUGCCUGAAUCUCAGCGUAGUGAAGACCUCGCCCAGAACAGCAUGGCAUCGGUUGCCAAAUCACCACUAUCAGCGUGUGUUUCCCACUCUGCCAUGACGCCAGAGCAUCAGCGAGGCGCCCCAAAAGAGGAAAUAUUCAUCACCGACGUGGCUUACUGUGAACAGGCCGUCAUCUUCCUCAAACAGGCCAAACUGCCGCAGAACAAUGUCCAGCGCAGAAAAGAGGAUGGCACCCUGCCUAGGGUGACCUGCCCCAAGUGCCGCCUGGGAGUGACUCGCAUUCAGGAUCUCUCCCACUCUGACAUGAAGAAGGUGCGUCAGUUGGCUCUCAUCGACAUGACGGCAUUGUGCGACCUCUUAGAGCUGGAGGUCAAACGACACAAAAUGGGCAAGAGGAAAAUCCCAGAGAGCUCGCUCUACGGGGUGCCGCUGGCCACGCUGCUGGAGAAUGAUCAGAAAAUCAAGCCGAACACCUCGACUCCUCUCUUCCUGCAGGCGUUGUUGUCAUUUUUGGAGAAGAAAGGAGUGGAUUCUGAGGGGAUCCUGCGGGUACCAGGAGCCCAAUCCAGAAUCAAGCUGCUGCAACAGAACUUGGAGGCCAACUUCUACUCAGGGCAGGUCAGCUGGGACGAGGUGAGUCCAAACGACGCUGCUGCGCUGCUCAAAAAGUUCAUCCGGGAACUACCUGCUCCCCUGCUCACAGCUGAGUACCUCAACACCUUCAGUGCUGUCAGAGACAUCACAGAGCUGAAACAGAAACUCCACAUGUUGAACCUGCUCAUCCUGCUGCUUCCUGAGCCCAACAGGAACACAUUGAAGGCCCUCCUCGAGUUCCUCAGUAAGGUGGUUUCCCGGGAGAAGAGGAACAGGAUGAACCUGUGGGCUGUAGCAACCAUCAUGGCUCCCAACCUCUUCCUCCACAAGGCCAUCCCCAGCAGACUGACGGAGGGCGCAGAGAAAGGACAUGCAGAGAAGGCAGCUGAUGUUAUGAGGCUCCUCAUCCGCUACCAGGACCUGCUCUGGACGAUACCUAACUUCCUCAUGAGCCAGGUGCGUAAGUUGAAUGAGAACAGUAACCGGCGUUACCAGUUCUACGAUCGACGUAUCAAGAACCUGCUGAGGAAGAUCCACACAGACAGCCGGGACAAACCGGAUAAAAACACCUCAGAGUUAUGCCGUACAGUGAAGAUCCAGGUCGGGGACGUGGUGAGCGGCACAAUGGAGUAUCAGCUCAACAUCAACUCCAGAGCCUCGGACCUGCUCGCACAGUUUCACCGCCAGUCUGUUCACAGCCCUGACAAUGGAAAGGGCAAAAUGCGAAGAAAUGGAGCCGUGCUGUAUCCAGACUGCGCCCUGUAUGAAGUGGGAGGUAACAUCGGUGAGCACUGCCUUGAUCCCGACACACACCUCCUGGAUUUGUACAACAGCAACAACUCAGGAGAGUGGGUCAUCAAGCUGAAGCCCAACGCCAGCAGAGGCAUGUGAAGGAUGGAUGGACAGACCGGAGAACAGCUCGCUGCAGAAGGACAGAGCCUAAAUAAAGCUGUUCCUCUCCUCAUGUCCUUUUCAUCCUUGGAGCAACAAGGGAGAAGGAGACAGAUGGACAGAUGGAGGAAGCGGAAACAGAUAAAUGGAGAAUCUGCCAGGAGCAGAGGCUAAAAACUGACUGCGAUCACAUGAACAUACACCACACUCUGUCUCCUCCUUCUCUCCGUCCUCCUCCUCCUCCUUUUCUCCCAUCACUCCAUCAUCCCCCCCCUUGCAUUACCAAGGGGCUGCAAUGCUGCAAGCGAAAAAGCUGCUGAUGUGACUCAUUACUUCCGACAGUGAACCUGCUGCAUAGAAAACACAGGAGAGAGAGCGGUUGGCCAGUUUGGCUCGCCAUCUUUUUUCAUCUGCGUCCGUGAGCGAGCAGAUGGGGAUGCAGAGCACCUCUGGCUAUAGAGACUAACCCAAGUCCCGCCCCUUUCUCAGGCCUGCAAGACAGCGUGUGUGUGUCAUUCAUCGGUCUUGCGUCUCAAACGCAAUUCAACAGCUUUCCACUCUCAUUUUUUUGGCUAAAUUGAUGUCUAGUCUUGAUUUCGCCUUGUUUUUAAAAUAUAAAACAUUUAUUCUAAUACCGAAAGUUCAUUCUUGACCUUGGAAAUACAAUUCUUAAGAAGAGCUACUAAAUCAUCCUCGUGGUGAGACUGUUUUGCCAACAACAAUUUCGUCAACAACAUUCAACAACUUCAGCUGCAGGCACUGAGUAACUGGAUCUGUAGUUGUUGAAAGCUAACAAAUAAUCAUUUUUAUAUCGAUCUCAAAUUUGACCAAACCUCAAUCUGUUUGUUUAAAAAAACAUGGCUGAGAAAUAUCGAGGAGAAUUCCACCUGAAGGGAUCAGGGUUCUCUAAUCCCCCAGGGUCCUCGCUUACAUGACACUGAAGUAGUCACCUCGUAACACGGUCACUUAAGUGCAUGUAAACACAGUAACUGACUCCAUAUAGCGUAGGAUAUGGACAGACAACUAAAGUACUGCCUUCUCUAAUUAAACACUGAAGAUUAAAAUCCAGCAGCGAGAGAGAAUGCAUUGAAAAUCGAAUGCUGGUGGAACAGAAGCUGAACUGGAAACAGAGCGGGACCUCGGCUCAGUUAAUCAACUCCUUUUUUUUUUUUUUUGUCUCCCACUCGCACGGACAGUUUUCCAGCUCAGACGUUUGGAUCACAGUGUAAACAAAGACUUCUUCGUAUCGACUCCUGUGCCAUUCAAAGAGGGAAGAAAGACCCAGAUGAACUGAUAUCCCCUUAUCUGUGAAACCAAGCGAUCUCCUGGGCCUUAUAAAAAAAAUAAUCCAUGGACUUCCAAGGACCCCUGACCCGUACCAAACGGUGUUUAAAGAGACUUUCCUUUUCUUUUUGAUACCCAGGGAUUCGGUGUCACCACCUCAAGGACAGUUACUGCACCUGUAAAGGGAGAUGUUAAGGACAUUCAGUGAAGCUGGUCUUCAGUUUUUAAACACACGAAUGGAGCCAAAAGUGCUAAAGUGACUCUCGGGGUACACUGGGGUUAUUAUUAUUGUUAUUUAUAUGAAUGUAAUACCAUUGUUGCUUGUGUGUUUGAUGAGUAUUAUGUAGGCUAGAGAGGCUUUAGGAUAAAGUGGAGUUGCUGCACUCAGUGUAGCGGUAUGUUGUGUUAAGUUGUCCAUACAAAGUGUGGGUAUUUGCAGUGUUCUUGUACAUAUUUCUUCAUGCUAAGAUGUUUUUCGAUGGAUCUCUUUACAUCUACACAGUACAUUAAGAUUAAUAUCAUGUGUAAAUACUCUUCAUCCGUCCACUCUGCUGUGAGGAGGCACUGGAAUCACUGCAGCAGGACUGUUCGUGGCGAUUGUGUCCAAACACAUGCGAGCAGCAAAUGAAUGUGUCGAGAGCUCGGUGCCGAUCGUCACACGUGAAUCGCUCGCUCCUUGCAACCGGAGCCAUGUUGGUGCUGCCGCGGCCAUUUUGUGGGAAGUGUCUCGCACGCUCCACUCAAUAGACGGAGUAAUGACAGCCGGGCCCGGCACCGACAUCCAUCAACACCCUCUGCUCCGUCUCUGUCACCUCCCAAUAAUGGACCAUAAUGGCAGUGCGGCACAUGCAUCAGAAACACACCGAGGAAUCACAUUUCUUUGAUAAAGGAGAAGGUAAUAAAUGGCUGUUAUAAAUUCUGCUGCCCUGGACCUGACGCCAGCAGCGGCGUGUGUGUGUGUGUGUGUGUGUGUGUGUGUGUGUGUGUGUGCAUGCAUGUGUGUGAUGAGCUUCAUUACACAAGUCCAAUUGGCCUGUCCCAGGGUCCCAGGCACAGUUCAGUGCCUCGGCACAAAGCGAGCUGAUGAAAACUGCCUUCUGCUGACAAUCAGGAGAACUAGGUCACCUCUGAAGCAGCAUCCCAGAGGGCAAGCGGUGUGAGUCCAAACACCCCGAGGAGCCGCGCACAUGGACGCAUAUUGUCUAAACACACAUGACACGCAGCACGGGCCACGCUGAUGAUGUGGGGAGGGGGGCGCAGGUUCUUUUUUGACUGUCUGUGUUUGUAUAUAUGUGAAUGUGUUUGUGUGUGAGAGAGAGAAAAAGAGGACGCUUCCUUCGGGUAGGAAUCUCUGAAACAGUGCUGUUUUUUUAAUUACCCAGGGAGGCUAAACGAUGAGACUCUCCCAGGGGCAUUUAUUUCCUGUUGUGCUCAGUAUGGUUGUGGACCCUCUCAGUGUCGUCAUCAAUGUCCAGCUUCUAUCACGGUGAAGAUUUUUAGACGUCACUCUGCAGACGUCAGAAUGUAUAUUUAUGCCCUUUACACGAGUCAUUGUUUUUAAUACUUAUGUGAAAAAUACCUUAGUCUUUGCUCUAGAAAGAGAAACUUUUGAAAAAUGUCCCUUUUUUUGUCAAUAAAUGUGAAUCUAAUA